GUUCAACUUUCCUAUGAGGAACAUCAUCGUCGCUAAGACAUGCGCACACGCGACCACCCCCGUUGACUCUCCGAUCUCCUACGCCAUCGCCGAUAUCCUCGCCUUUUCCUGCUCUUACAAUCAUUAAUAAUGACGCGUGCUCCAUAGCAUUGGCUGCAUCUGUCCGAGCAUAGUCUUCGUUCUGCUACUGGGCAUCACAAUACAUGUAAACCAUGGCUGAGGGCCGUUCACACAGUGCGCGUCCAUCGCUGGGCGGCUCGGUCGAUGACUCCAUCCUCCCUACCCGCCAAAUCGAAGCCUUCUCGCGCAAAGUUACCGCCACAGCAUCGCACCUGAUGGGCCCCCUUGAGGGCAGCGGGUCGAUCUCACAUCACUAUCAGAAUGCACUCGGCGAGAUCCACAGGGAGAUGCGCCGCCCUAUCAUCCAGCGCUCUAUGUUCUCCUUUGCCCAGAACUCGCCCAAGGAAUUGAUCCGCAACGUGAAGACGACAGAGAUACAGCAUAGGGCAUUGGCAUACCUUCCCGAUGAACUGUUAAAGAACAUACCGGAAGCAAACAAUGGCUACAGUCUUUUCGAGGGAUUUCAGGCGAGCUUGCCCGAGGACCGAGAGAGUCUUUUGAGGAAAAGGAUAAAAGGCAGGGAGGAAGGGAGGGGAAGGAAGCUACUCACGGACGCAGAAAGGGCUGCGCGUGACGAGGAUGAAGAUCUAGAUGGGCCGCCAGAACUGGUAGAGCUGAAAAACGAGAAGUUCACGUUGAGACAUAGACUGGAGAUGCUGGGCAUACGCAAGAACAUGUGCAGCUCCGAGAUACGAGAGAUAGACACCAAGAUCUCGAACCUGAAUACGAUGCGGAAGAUUGUUCUGGAGCGAAUGGCAAACCUGGAGCAGGAAGAGGUGGAUCUGGAACAGGAAUUGCUCGGCGUCGACAACAGAUUAGAGGAUCUGCGGGAAGAAUUGGAAGAUGCAGCUGCGCUAGCACGCAAGAGUUCGCAAGCCACCUCUGGAGGGGAUGAGGAAAAUGGUCUCGGUGAAAGAGCGGGCGAGUUUAUGUCCGAAUCGAUAUAUGAGAAGUUGCCCUCCCCAAGGACAAGGCGGAGGAUGAGAGUUACGAGAAGAAUUUCGAUGCCGAUAUUGCACGAAUAUCUAGAGCCUGGCUCAAAAAUACGAGAGAUGCAGGCGCAUAACGACGUCAUCACAGCUCUGGACUUUGACUAUCCCUACGGCACGCUUGUCACCGCUGCCCUAGACGACACGGUGCGAGUAUGGGAUUUGCACGCUGGACGUUGUAUGGGUAUGCUGGAAGGUCAUCUGUCCUCGGUCAGAUGUCUCCAGGUUGAAGACGAAAUCGUAGCCACCGGUUCCAUGGACGCGACGAUACGGCUUUGGGACUUGAGCCGUGCACAAUACGCACCCAAGGAUACGAAUCACAUCCACAAACAUGGACACGACGAAGAAGAUGAGGAGGACGAAGAUGACGGCCUUGGGUUCCAGAAUGAAGGAGACCAACCUCCGCCUCCUCCUCCAAAUUCCAUGGCAGACUGCCCUCUCUUUACCCUCCAAGCACACGUCGCCGAAGUUACAGCUCUUCAUUUCAGAGGGAACACCCUUGUCUCAGGCUCCGCCGACAAAACAUUGCGGCAAUGGGAUCUUGAAAAGGGGCGGUGUGUUCAAACGCUGGAUGUACUGUGGGCGGCGGCCCAAGCCUCGGCCUCACACGGACUGCACGAUGGACAGUGGAAAGGUAUCAUUGGUGGAGGACGCCUUCCUGAUCCUGAUGCAGACUUUGUGGGAGCGCUGCAGUGCUUCGAUGCUGCGCUUGCGUGUGGGACGGCGGACGGAAUGGUCCGACUGUGGGAUCUGAGGAGCGGGCUUGUGCAUAGGAGUCUUGUGGGACACACAGGGCCUAUUUCAAGUUUGCAGUUUGACGACGUCCACCUGGUGACUGCUUCGCUGGAUCGAAGUAUUCGCAUAUGGGACUUGCGCACAGGUAGUAUAUAUGACGCCUUCGCGUACGAUAACCCAAUUUCAAGCAUGAUGUUCGACACUCGUCGCAUCGUGGCGGCAGCUGGUGAGCCUGUCGUGAAGGUCUACGAUAAAGCAGACGGGAGACACUGGAACUGCGGGCCAGGUGUGCAGGAGGAUAAUGAAGGCGCUGUGGCGAAUGUGGAGAGAGUCAGGAUAAAGGACGGUUACUGUGUAGAAGGACGGAAGGACGGCGUGGUGGGAGUGUGGAGCUGCUGACACAUUGGAGAAUUUGUAGAAGAUAGAGGAAGAUUGUACAUGCUAGAGGUCCGUAUGUAUGCUAUAUCUGACCUAUAUUCUCGUGUGUUUUGAGACAA